AUGGGGAAGGUGUUGAAGGAGAGCGGUCCUCCUCACAUGAAGAGCUUUCUGACUCGGGUAACCGUUGGGGAGUUCAGUGCUGAGGGCGAAGGCAACAGCAAGAAACUGUCCAAGAAACGCGCGGCGCUGUCCAUUCUGCUAGAUCUGAAGAAGCUGCCUUUUAUCCCGGUUGUGGAAAAACCCAAAACACAUUACAAGAAACGUACCAAGACCAUCCUCAAGACAGGACCGGACUAUGGCCAAGGCAUGAAUCCAAUCAGCCGACUGGCCCAGAUCCAACAGGCCAAAAAGGAGAAGGAGCCGGAGUACGUGCUGCUCUCAGAGAGAGGGAUGCCCCGUCGCAGGGAGUUCAUUAUGCAGGUAAAAGUGAAUAAUGAAGUUGCCACGGGAACAGGACCUAACAAGAAAGUGGCCAAACGCAACGCAGCCGAGGCGAUGCUCUUGCAGCUGGGAUACAAGGCCUCCUCAGUAACACCAAGCCCCACAGAGAUGGACAACAAAGGCUGGAAUGGACAAAAGGCGCCAUUUACUGAAGCUACAAGUAACACUCAGAAAGGCCUGCUCCACCUCAGCCCGGAUGUGUACCAGGAGAUGGAAGCCAGCAGAAAGCAGGGAAGUGGCACUGUCCCAAGUAACAACAGUGGCUCGGUCAACUACAUGACAUCCAAAGACAUGGGUCCACUACCCCCAGGACACACUCCUUACUAUGGAAACGCAUCCUCGCCCCCCAAUCCCACUGCGGUCAUGGCCCGUGAGCUGCUCCUCAACGGCCAGUCUCCUACAGCUGAGGGCACCCUGCCCCUUAAGGGGAAGGGCUCCUCGCUGCCCUGCGGCGUGGCUGUGCAGCCUGCCCAGCAGCUGGACUACCUGGCCCGCAUCCAGGGCUUCCAGGUGCAGUACAGUGACGCACAAAGUGGCAAGGAAUUUGUGACCUACCUGACCCUCUCGCCUGUGCAGAUGACUUUCCACGGCACCGGGAGCACCCUCCAAGCCAGCCAUGAUCAGGCUGCUCUAAGUGCCUUGAAACAGCUGUCUGAGCAGGGACUGGACCCAGUGGAUGGCCCUGUCAAGACCAGUGAAGCCUGUGGGAGGGAGGACGGACAUUGA